AGGUACCUUAACCUGGUGAGAUUUUAUGACAAUUAAAGGGAAAAAUUGGCGCGUGGACAGGGCAUAGAAUUAUUAUUUUGUAAAUUAGGUAGCCGAAUUCAGAUGCGCGCGUGGUCGAUUGAAAUUAUUAUAGCAGCGUGUUGUCGUCAUAAUAAAAGUACUUGCGAUAUUUUGUUGUCAAUGUGCUCAGGUGUUUGUUUCUUUAGAUCCUGCUCAAUAGCCGUGACCAAACUAAUUUCAUUGUUUUGAUUGGUUUGCUGAUCAAAUAGUAAAUUAUGCAAAUGAAUAUGAUUGGUCAAAAGAUCAUAACAUUUGUAAACAAAGAUGGUCUAUCGUAAUCGAACAGGACAGCUGAGAAGUGAAGUAUAAACAAAAACAACCAGUUUGGCCAUACUUCAAAAAGCAGUAUUUUUUUUAUAUUACUAUGAAAUGUGGGAUCGAAGAAAUAUCGUUGAUUUAACAGCAUGUCAAAUAAAAGACUUAGUGGAGAGAAAUCGUUUUAAAAGUGGUAUAUGGUUUAUUUUUUAUUUUAUUUCAAAGUUUUAAUAAUUUGUGGCUGCACCAAAUGCCAAACCAAACAAAGCUGUCUGAGGUCACAUAUCUACCUAGCUGGCUUGUUACAAUUUAGCUACGUAUUUUUUACAACAAUACCUAACUAGAGAAAUGGACAUGGAAGUAUGUGUAGAGUCAACUUCACCUGCUAGCAAAUUUUUUUCUAAAGAAUCAUCAACUUUAUCAUUUACUACAGCACAUUGCUUCUCAUUUACACUUUUAAAGACACAAGAGGUCCUUGCUGUUAACUGUAAUAAGCUUUACAGUAAACCACCAUGUAAUGUGAAAGAUAAUACGUCAAAUAUAGAUUCAAUUACACAGUCAAAGUCUUUGGUUAAACCCAAGGAUUCAACUGGCUAUAUGCAAAGACUUAUACCAGAUGAAGUGCUAUUAAAAAUUUGUUCAUUUUCUGCUGCUAAAGAUCUCGCUCAUCUGGCAUGCACAUGUAAACGUUUACAAGAAUUGUGUCGCGAUGAAUCAUUAUGGAAGAGGUUAUAUCACUUAUCAUAUCAACUUGAAUAUCCUUUACAAAAAUCCCCUACAAAUAAUUUAUAUGAACUAGUUAAUAUAAUUAGUGGCCCUGGUAGGCCAGAGAUUUCUUGGAGAAAAUACUAUCCUCUUCUCAAUAAAGCUGAACAUGUUUGUCAAGAUGAAAGGCUGGUACUUUGCUUGCAAAAUUUAGGACGAAAGUGUUAUCAAUCCAUACAAGAAGCUGUGGACAAUUCAAGUGGGCUUGUUAUCAUUCAUUCAGGAACUUACAAGGAAAGUUUGGAAAUUAAUAAACCCGUUACCUUACUUGGUGCAGGAGUACCAGGUGGUAAACAUGAAGUUCAUCUCACACAUACCAAUGAAACAAUAAUGAAAUUUUCUCAAGGUGGUUCGAAAAGUCAUAUUGCCUUUGUAAGGUUCUCAGUACAACGAACUGAGCCAAAUACUUCAGCAAGAUGUAACUGUAUCGAAAUUUGUAAUGAUAGCUCACCAACUAUUCAAGAUUGUCACAUCACAUCAAAAAGCAGCUGUGCUGCAGCAGUGCACAUUCAUGGUGCUGGAAGUUCGCCAAAAAUUUUGCGCUGUAAAAUAACUGAAUGUGAAAAUGUGGGUCUGUUUAUCAGCGAAGGUGCCCAAGGUACCUAUGAAGACAAUGACAUAUGCGCGAAUAGACUAGCAGGUAUCUGGGUGAAGUCAGGGGCAAAUCCAAUUAUGAAAAGAAAUGAAGUUCAUCAUGGGAAAGAUGCAGGAUUUUUUAUCUUUGAUGGCGGAAUGGGUUAUUACGAAGAAAAUGAUGUCCAUAGUAAUAGAAUUGCAGGAAUCGAAGUUCGUUCUGGAGCGAACCCAACUGUUGUUCGAUGUCACAUCCAUCAUGGCUUUACCGGUGGUAUCUAUGUUCACGACGAUGGACGAGGGGAAUUUAUGUGCAAUCGAAUUCAUACUAACACUUUUGCUGGUGUGUGGGUUACAUCGGGGAGUAACCCAACAAUUAAAGAUAACGAAAUAUAUCAUGGCCAACAAGGUGGAAUUUACGUAUUCGGUGACGGUCGUGGUUUAGUUGAAAACAACGACAUUCACGGCAAUGCUUUGGCUGGCAUACAAAUUCGUUCAAACAGUAAUCCAAUUGUUCGUAAGAAUAGAAUCCAUCAUGGUUUACAUGGUGGCAUAUACAUUCAUGAAGGUGGAAUGGGACUUAUUGAAGAUAAUGAAAUCUAUGCAAACACUCUAGCUGGGAUAUGGAUAACCACAGGAAGUGCGCCAAUUUUAAGACACAAUCGCAUACACAGUGGAAAACAGGUCGGAGUGUAUUUUUAUGAUAAAGGUUGUGGUACCCUGGAGAAUAAUGAAAUUUACAACCAUAAAUAUUCAGGAAUUCAAAUAAGAAGUGGCAGUAAUCCUGUCAUACGCCAAAACAAGAUUUGGGGCGGUAAGAAUGGCGGUGUUUUAAUUUAUAAUGGUGGACAAGGUAUAUUGGAGGACAACGAAAUAUUUGAUAACGCUAUGGCUGGUGUAUGGAUUAAAACUGAAAGUAAUCCAAUAUUGCGACGUAAUAAAAUCCACGAUGGACACGAAGGAGGAGUGUGUAUUUUUAACAAUGGAAAAGGUUUGCUAGAGGAAAAUGAUAUAUUUAGAAACUCACUCACAGGUGUUUUAAUAAGUACUUCAAGUAUGCCGGUGCUUCGGAGAAAUCGUAUCUUUGAAGGAGGAGCUGCUGGCAUCGAAAUAACGAACGGAGCAGGAGGCAUCUUCGAACGCAAUGAAGUGUUCAACAAUCGUUUUGAUGGGAUAUGUCUUGCAACUGGUGUUAAUCCCAAGAUGUUAGACAAUAAUUGCCAUGACAACAAAAGAGCACUUAGCGAGGCGAUUGAAGCUGGCAAAUGUUUGUAUCAAGUUUCUGGGAGUGUGUGCUAUCCUAUGCAUGAUUUCUAUCGAUGUAUAACGUGUUCCUCAACCGAAAAUUUCGCCAUUUGUGUAAACUGCAUCAAGAAUUGUCAUGGAGGCCACGACGUUGAAUUUGUCCGACAUGACAGAUUCUUUUGCGACUGUGGAGCAGGUACGACCUCAAAUCCUUGCAAGCUCACUUCGUCAAACGACACGAUUGGACAAAUAACAAAAUCCAAAUCGCCACGCGCGGGCCGUUCUCCUCGCGCGCCCAAAAGGCGUGGCGGGACGUUACGAUGUAGUCGAUCUAGAACGCGAAACCAGAGGAGGUUAGAACAAAUGGAAGAAGAGGAGGAGCAGAGACAACAACACAAUAUGGAAGUAGAAACCUCGCCUACUAGGUCACUAUAGUUUAUUGUGACAUUACUUUUUAUAUUGAGCCAAGUGAAAUUUUAAACCAGUGCGAGGUCCAUGUUAGCACUAUCCAGGAGUGAAAAGCGGUUUUCCUUCAGUGCGCAUGCUUGAAAGUCACAAAAAAAUUCGGCACUCACGGGUAACCGAAAUUAAAUGCAACCAGAAGUGAAACAUGUAAACACAGUCGUACUUUUUACUGCGGUGUCCAAUUAUACUUCGCCUUAAUUUCACUUUGGUUUCGUGUAAACGGCCUCUUAGCCGUAUUAUAUAUGCGCUUUGUUUCAAAAUUCUCUCUUUUAAUUUUUUCCAAAA